GUGGAUUUUGAAAAUAGUAGCCUCAAUCAUACUUCGGCAGAAGCAAUUAUGAUCAAUGAACUUGCGGGUUAUUCCCAGAAUGAACAGUCAAGGCAAUCUUUACCUGAAUCUGAGCCUGUGCCUGUAUCCACCUCCUGA